AAUAAGGAGAUCUCAAAGCUUUGAAUCUUUGAAUUUUUUUCAUGAUAUGCAUAACUCUAUUUGGGAAUGGAUGGAUUCAAGAGAUAUUGUAAUUAAGAAAGUUUUAUUGUAAAAAUGAUAUUUGAUAAAAAAGAAGAGAAACUUGUACAUUACACAUAUGAUUCACAAAUCAGCCAUAAACGUCAUUUAGACGUUUUGAAACAAGAUUAUUUGAAAACCUACGCUUCAACUAUAAAGUACGAAAAAUCAUCUGAAGAUUUCGACCUUGUCAGGAUUAUUGGCGUUGGUUCCUACGGGACAGUAUUCCUCGUUCGUGACAAAACUAGUUUUGCGUACCACGCUAUGAAAGCUAUUGAGAAAGCUCAAGUAAUAAAAAAGAAAAAUACCAAACAGCUUUACCAAGAAAAGAAAAUUUUACAGAGUAUCACAUUUCCGUUUUUGAUAACACUAGAUUUUUGUUGCAAGGAUAACUCGUAUAUUUAUCUUAUAUUGCCAUUCGAAGCUGGCGGCGAACUAUUUACAUUAAUACGAAGGAUGAAAAAUCUGUCUGAACCAUUGGCACAAUUUUAUACGGCGCAAAUCGUUUUAGCAUUAGAAUAUCUGCAUCAUUGUAGUAUAGUUCAUAGGGAUAUUAAACCAGAAAAUAUAAUGAUUAAUGAGUCUGGUUACAUUAAGCUCGGUGAUUUCGGUUUUGGUAAGCCGAUAAAAAGUCGCACGUGGACUAUAUGCGGUACACCCGAGUAUAUAGCUCCGGAGAUUAUCUUAUCCAAAGGAUACACGUAUACCGUGGAUUGGUGGUCGCUGGGGAUUCUUAUUUAUGAGAUGAUAGCUGGCUAUCCACCAUUUUAUCACUCAGAUACAAUGAAACUUUAUGAAAAAAUCCUUAAUGGAAUUUACAAGACUCCAGAUUAUAUGACACCUACAUGUAAAUCUUUAAUUAGACAUCUUUUGGAUGUGGACCCAACUAAGCGCUACGGUUCGUUAAAGGCGGGUGUAUAUGAUAUUAAAAGUCAUGUAUGGUUCAGUGAAUAUAACUGGGCUAUGAUAUUACAUCAAAAAGUAUACCCACCAUUCGUGCCUAUAUGUCGGAAUCCUGGCGAUUCUAGUAAUUUUCCUGAAAUGGGAGAAAUGAAAUUAAAAAAAUCACCAGUAUGUCUAUUUGAAAAGGAUUUCGAAAACUUUUAACUUGUCAUAACACAAAUGUUAUAAAAAGGUUCCAUCAUAAAUAAAGUUAUAAUUUGUG